AUGAUCAAAGAACCUGCUUGUCGAUUAUUUUCUGCUCAAUGCCAAUUAACCUCUCUUCGACUUGAUAUUAGCAACGAAUUUCAUUGUGGUAUUAUGCAUCGAUGUUUAUCAUCAAAUUCUGAUCUCUCUCCUAAUUUAAUUCAAUGUCAAGUUCAAUCGUGUAAUAUAACUCUUCGUCGUUUACAUAUUCGACUUAAUCAUUCACGUUUUCUUGACAUUGAAUUAAA